AUGGAUCCUAUUAGGGCUGCUGUUCCUUUGCUAUGGCUUUCCCUGUGCUUUGGGAAUAUUCUGGAGGCAGCGGUACUUGGAUCAUUGCAGUACCCCUCCGGUGCGGAUGAUAACGGGCUUGUUUCACAUCUGGAUGAGCGGAGUCGCAGAGAGCCGACAGCGGUGUCCAGGAAAGACCCUCCGAUAAAUGAUACUAUCGUCCCCCAUGAGUAUAUGGUAUCUCUAUACAGGACACUAUCUGAGAUAGAGAGCAGAGGGCUUAACAGCAGUGUUCCUCGCACCGCAAGACACGCCAACACGGUGACCAGUUUCGUGGAUCAAGGAAAAGAUCACUCCUCCUGGGGAAGUGGCCAGCGCUAUCUCUUCGACCUCUCCAGUCUGUCCAGGACUGAUGAGCUUGUGGAGGCAGAACUGAGGAUCCUGAGAAAGCCACCGCUGGAUCUCCUUCCUGUGCUGACAUGGGGCAGGAAUCUUUAUCGCCUCCUCCUCUACACUUGUUCGUCUGAGGGGAACUCUGGGAGACGGCUGCUGGAUUCCAGGACAGUCGACGUUCUGGAUGGCGAGCCUCCCAAAUGGGAUGUAUUUGACGUGUGGGCAAGCGUGAAGGCUCGACGAAGGAGCCACAGGACAGCAGCGAGCAACGACCUCCUUGUGGCCUGCUUUGACCUGCUGGUCGUUUCGGAGUUGACCAAAGAGGCAGCCAACCCUCUUACAGUAGGGCUGGGACGCCAGUCUCGGCAGCCCCAGGAGAGGGCCUUGCUGGUGGCUUUUUCUCGCACCCGCAGGAAAGAGAACCUGUUCAAGGAGAUCAGGGAGCAGAUAAAGGCAGUGCGAGGAGACAUGGGUUUUCUGGAUCCUUUGGACCUCUCUGGUGACGUGGUUGGUCACCUAUCCAGGCGUCGCAGACGCCGGACUGCCCUGACCAGCAGAUCUAUAGGUGGAGCUGGUGGGGGAGGAGGAGGCGUCGGUGCUGGAGGAGGUGGAGGAGGAAGGAGUGGUGGAGGCAGCGGGCGCAGGAAGACUCGAUGCAGCCGCAGGCAGCUCCAUGUCAACUUCAAGGAGUUGGGCUGGGACGACUGGAUCAUCGCACCGCUGGAUUAUGAGGCGCACCACUGUGAGGGCGUGUGUGACUUUCCGCUGCGCUCACACCUGGAGCCAACAAAUCACGCCAUCAUUCAGACACUUAUGAACUCUAUGGACCCUGACUCCAGCCCUCCCAGCUGCUGUGUCCCCUCCAAACUCAGCCCCAUCAGCAUCCUCUACAUUGACUCUGGCAACAAUGUGGUCUACAAGCAGUAUGAGGACAUGGUGGUGGAGAGCUGUGGCUGCAGGUAGCAUUGCGACAGAGGGGGAUGUCUGAUUGUCUUGUCGGAAAAUCAAUUGGUGGUUUGAUGCGCUUGUUAACGCAGGCCUCCCCUAUCUCUUCCCCCUAAACCAACUGUAUUUUGUGAUUUGCUGAAAAAAGUCCCGACAAGUAUGCUCAUUACUGAUCUGCCUUAACUUGAGUGGAACAUAAUCUAAUUUGCUGCUUAAUUUAUUAGAAUUUGUCAUUGAGCUGCUAUUUAAUUUCAUGAGCUCUUUAGCAUUUCUUUACUCAUAACAUGCUCCGUCUCUCUCUCUCUCUCUGUCCCCUUGGCUCUGCAUGUUGUUCGAUGCUGUCAACUUUAGUAAA